GGUCGCUGCUGUCCAGUGAGGAAGCAGGAGAAGGUCUUGCAGAAGCUCGGCAAAGCAGAUGAGACCCGAGAUGUCGCCUUUGAGGAGAUGGUGGCCAACUUCAACAAGCAGAUGACAGAAGGCACCAAACUGCAGAAAGAGCUGAAAGCGUACCUGCUAGCUGUGAAAACGAUGCACGACGCAUCCCGGCGGCUGCAGGACUGUCUGGCCGACAUGUACGAACCGGACUGGUUUGGCAAAGAGGAGAUGGACGCGCUGACAGAGGACACAGACACUUUGUGGUUAGACUACCACCAGAACAUCACGGACAAGUCUCUGACCUCUCUGGACUCGUACCUGGCUCAGUUUCCUGAUAUUAAGGCUCGUAUAGCGAAGCGCGACAGGAAGAUGGUGGACUUCGACAGCGCCCGGCAUCACUUCGGCUCCUUACAGAAAGGGAAGAAGAAGGACGAGGCCAAGAUCGCCAAGGCGGAGGAGGAGCUGGGCCGAGCUCAGAAGAUCUUCGAGGAGCUGAACGUGGACUUACAAGACGAGCUUCCAUCACUGUGGGACAAUCGUGUUGGCGUCUAUGUUAACACAUUCCAGGGCCUGGCAGGUCAUCAGGAGAAGUUCCACGGUGAAAUGAGCAAGCUCAACCAAAACCUGAACGACAUCAUGACCAAACUGGAAGAGCAGCGGGAGCUGAAAAAAGAUGGUACUGCAGCUGCAAUGACAGGAGAAGGUGCCAAGAGCGAGGAAAUCAACCACAGCCCAUCUGCGAGCUCACCACCAAAGGUGGUGCAGAGGCCCGGUCCUCCCCCCAGUCGGCCUCCGCCCCGAUUGACGCCGUCUCCGGACCCCAGACAGCAGCACGUCGGGCCGACAGAGGACGAGGCCUCGGUGCUUGACGCUGACACAGAUUGCAGCACCACAACGACACAGCAGAGUGCGGUGACCAAUGGUUCGGAUGGAGAACUCCCUCCAGGAUUCAUCUACAAGGUAAAAGCGAUACAUGAUUACGCUGCCACUGACGGUGAUGAGCUGGAGCUGAAGAUCGGAGAUGCUGUGCUGGUUUUGGCCUUCGACAACCCGGAUGAACAGGACGAUGGCUGGCUCAUGGGUGUGCAGGAGUCUCACUGGGGGCAGAACAAAGAUAUUUCAAUCAAAGGCGUUUUCCCUGAAAACUUUACUCAGAAGGUUUGAGGUUCAUGCCACACAAAUAAUUUGCCUCCUUCUGUGCCCCAAACUCUUCAGAAAUAUAUAUAUAAACUGGUCAUGUUUGAAUCGUCACUAAUUGUCUAUUUACACACUAAAAUGUUUUGGUACAUGAUUCAAAAUGUACGUUGAAAUACAAGUACAUCUCAAUUGUUAGUAUAACUCUUCAGUGAUCUCAUGUACAUGUACUGUAGUUAAAAGAUGAUAACGUUUUACCCUAACUCACUCCCUUCUGGUAAAUGAUGCACAAUCAUCUAAAAUAUUUUCGUAAAAUGAUACACCCAAACUGACAUUUAUUACAUUUGUUUUGAUUUGUUAUUCCUUAUUUAUAUGCCGAACUCAAACGAAACCUAAAACACAUGUGUUGGUGAUAUUCAAAAAGGAGAACUAAGUCAUUGAUGUAUUGUAUGAAUGUUUUAUGUUGUGUAUUGUAUGAAGCAUUUGAUUGUAUUGUCAUUUCAUUAUCAUAAUCUAUUACAGUUUCUUGGGCUUGUAGGAUUAUCAAAGGGAACAGUAGUCUUUCAUUUAUUUGACCGGCCAUUUUGAAGACAUGACUUGAAGUGUGGCUUAAAUGUUCUAAUGCACAUAUGCUUUUAUUUAGAUUUUUUAUCAUCUGUUCCUUGGUGGAUAAAAUGCAAAACUGAUCGCCAACCAAGGUUUUCCCUUCAUCUACAUCACUAUUUAAACAUAUUUACCACUAGCCUAUAAAUACUUUUAUAAUGACCAGAGAUGUAUGUCGUUGAACUCGUUUUUUAAAAUUCCUAUGAAUGUGACUGAUCUUUCUUGGACAGGACUAUCUCACACUGCAUCACCACUUAAACACGUUUUCUUUAGUGUUUUUUCUGGUUCAUCUGCAUUCUUUGAUUACAUGGAGUCCAAAACUCCAACACAAGCAGAUAAAUGAGAGACUGAGGCUAAAACAUUAAAACCUUUUUAACCAAAUAUCCUGCAGAAACCAAAGUUUAAACUAUGCAAACUGUAUUUUUACAUUGUGUGAAAACAAUAAAUAAGGAAUCAGUCCAUGUGGUAAAUAAUGCACCAUUGGUUGGAUCAAGUCAGUGUCAUUAAAGAUGAAUGAAACACA